GUUCAAGCUACUACCAAGUGCCUACAUACCGUUCUCUUCCAGUCCCAUCGAACCCUUUCCUCCACCAAUGUGUGAAAGCGUUCUCUUUCCUCUGUCUGCUCAUUAAAUCCUAUCAUGGCGUCGGAAACCACGUCAGCGAAUGCCGAGGCCCGCGAGCUGAGCUUGAUAUCCAAAGUGGAACUCAGAAUCGCUCUGGCAGAAACGGACGAGAAACUAAGUACAUUGCUGAACACGUAUUUGGCGCCUCUGCUGUUGAAGCUGGGCUCCGAGAGCCUUGCGGUGCGCAACAAAGUAAUCGCAGUCUGCCAGCAUAUCAACACUAGAGCCCAGGCCCCAUCAAUCCGGCUGCCCGUGCCAGCUUUGUUGAAGCAAUUUAAGGAGCAAAAGUCCACCCUAAUCAGACAUUUCGAUUUGAUCUAUAUCCAGCAAGGCUUAGAUCGGUUGGGGUCCGACGCCCGGAUCGAAAUCUUGGUUCCAUUGCUUCAGAGAGUCUCCGAGAUUGGAACGUCGGUUGAUCAAGCGGCCGUUGUGUUUAACCUCGUCCUUCGGCUGCUACCCUUGCUCAAACUGCCCGCGAAAGAUAGUAAAGAUGACGUGCAGUUGAAAUCCCAUCUUGGUCUCUCCGACCAGGAUACGAACUUCCUCGCCUCCUGGUUUGGGAAAUUACUCAUUCUCGCCCCCGCAGAGAAGAAUGCGCCUACUUGCCCGGGGCUUUCCCCCGCAGAAUACACAUUUCUAAACAAAGGCGUGCCUAUGACAGAAACAUGGAGUCAAUCUUUGCCCGGUGGAUUGAAUUUGACUGAGACUAAAGCGACAGCGUUGAGGUUUCUUGCCAGUGGAGCCUUCACGCCUUCGGAGCGCUUCCUGCCGGCUUUGAUUGCAUCUGCAGAUGUCAACACCCGCAUAUCAGACCUCGGGGAAGAUCUUAUGAAACGAUUCAUUCCGAACCUCGAGGAUCCGGAAGUUGUGCAGCAGUUAUAUGACCUAUAUUUUGGAGCAGGCGCCCCCGACGGUGCGCUCCCAGCACGACCUACCUUGCAGAUCAAAAUUUUGAUUUAUCUGGGCAAAUCGAUACGGGCCACCGUGGAUACCGAUAGGGUCAUCCGGUUGAUUGAAGAGGGUCUCCUAUCAGAUGCCGCAAGGACUUCGCAAGGAUUGCAAGCCUCGAAAUUGCGCACACAAAUUUUCACCUUCACCACAUGGGUGGUGCGCAUGGGCUCCUCGUCCGAACUCAAGCGCAUGGCGCCCAAUGUCAUAGCGGGCCUCAAGGAUUUUAUCGAAUCCCAAGGCUGGCCAAGUCCCGGUGCGAGUGGGCAGAGGCUCCCCGCAAGUGAUCUAAGUCUACGAGGACUUGCCUACGAGAGUAUCGGAGUCAUGGUUCCCAAGGCGGAUUUCCAAACGCAGAAUGAAGAUAACGCGAUAUCAGGAUAUGACCUCAUCAAAUGGCUCUUCACCUCCUUAAGCUGCGAUGAUUCCAGCUCUCAAAUCUUCGUGAGCAUUGAACAGGCCCUAGGAAGUAUUCUCAAUUCGUCAGUUGACAGCUGGGAUAAACAAUUCCAAGACAGCCUGCGACCGUUCCUUAUUCAUCAGAUGGAGAACCACCCCGGGGAAGACGACUCAAUGACGGGGUUCAAAAUAAUCAGAAGCCCUCAGUACGCGGCCGUGCGUUUCUCCAAUAGGUUUCUACCAUAUAGCGAUGUCGUCGCUCGUUGGAUCGACCUCAUUGCCGUCGCGCGAGGAUCAGAGAGACACCACGAGGUCAUAGAGGAAGGGAAAAAAGGCCUGCAUCCUUACUGGUAUCGGAUUCUAAAUACUGGUCAGGAUAAGAAAUGGUUUGCGUCGGUGACGGAUGAAUCGCGAGCUCUGUGGUUCAAUUUCCCCAGUUUUUCCGAGGCAACGCGCUUUCUCUUUGGUUCGGCGGCCUUGGCCGGAGUGCCUGGUCUCUCUGCGGCUGAGAUUCUUUCAGGACCCUACCAAAAGGCAUUUGCCCCCGCUGUCACUUUUCUUCGUCAGAUUCUACUUUGGGAAUCUUUCUCAAAAUCCAAUAUCACGACAAGCAUCGAGCAAGAUUGGGAUGUGAAGCUUGAUGUGCUACUUUCGACUGAUGAGCAAGCGCGUUCGGCAGUAAGAAAGCACAUACAGGCUUCUGACAAAGAAGCUGUUCUGCUAUUCCUAUCAAGCGCUUUGGCCGGUCUUAUUGGCGAGAGCUCAGAAGGUCGGCUGCAAUGCGGUGAGCAGUUCGUCAGUAUCUGUUCGUUGGUCUCGAAUGACUUGGUCGAGGCGCUGGUGCCACAAACGCUGUCAUUGAAAGGUCCUCUUUACAGCAACGACCAGGAUAGGCAAGAUGUAGCCGCACAUACUCUCGGGAUUUUAGCCUCUCAUCCCACGUUCAGUGAGAAUGAUCUAGCAGCUCUAGUGACCGAGCUCUCAAGUUCUGUCACCGUGUGGACGGAUGCGAUUGGUGAAGUCGCCCUCAAAAGUCGAGGAGCAAUUCUUGCCCUAUCAUAUGUCUUCAGCCGACUUGCGUUUCGCAAUAUGCGACACAGAAUCCCUGAACAGCAGGCGAUCCAGUUUAUCCAUAUGAUAUUUGAUAUAAUCGAGACUGCAAGGGACUCCCUUCUCCGACGAUCUGCGCAGGUGGCUAUUGGACAACUCGCUCUUUCUGGACUUUUACCACCUGCGAUGCUUUCCGGCGACAGGUGGAAGUCAAUCAAGAGCAAGAUAGCGCUAGAUGCAAAGGCCGAAAGCGAGGCCGCGAUCAUUUCCUUGGGACUAUUGUCUCUGGCAUUCUCUGGAAACGAGGAACUAGGGUCGUCGCUCCAAGAAUCCCUGGAUGUGCUUUAUGGCUUGCACGAGAUCCGCAGCCCCGAGGUCCACUUUACCGUUGGUGAGGCGCUGAGUGGCGCUGCUGUGGGAUGGAGGUCUCGAUCGUUGGCGACAGAAUUUGAUGUCGAUGAACCAGCUCCUGUAUCCGCGAUCUCCGAAGCAGUCCUUGAAGCCAUGUGCGACAAAAUCAUUGAAGACUGUGGCGCAUCGAAGCCAGCUCUCCGAAAAGCAUCUGCAAUUUGGUUAUUGUGCCUAGUGAAAAACUGUGGUCAUAUACAGGAAAUGCAAUCCCGAUUGCGCAAGAGCCAGGUGACAUUCUCAAGCCUGCUUGGGGAUCGCGAUGAGGUGGUGCAGGAAACUGGAGCUCAAGGCCUGAGCCUCGUUUAUGAGAUUGGGGACCAGGCGCUGAAGGAUGACUUGGUGCGCGACCUGGUAGAGUCGUUCACAGCAAACAGCUCUAGCUUGAGGGGCGGAAGGGUCAAUGAAGAAACCGAACUCUUUGAACCAGGAUCUCUCCCUACCGGGGGCGGCUCUUCGGUCAAUACAUACAAGGACAUCAUGAAUCUUGCCGCCGAAGCCGGCGACCCUUCGCUCGUGUAUCGAUUCAUGUCGUUGGCUUCAAACAACGCCCUCUGGACCAACCGUGCAGCGUUCAGCAAGCUGGGAAUCAGCAGCAUCUUUUCUGAUUCUAGUGCCAGUGGAUAUCUAGCGAGCAACCCCAAGAUUUAUCCGAAACUAUUCCGCUACAGAUUUGAUCCCAAUCCGAACGUGCAGCGGUCAAUGAACACAAUAUGGCAAGCGCUGGUCAAAGAGCCAACAGAAUUGAUCAACACCCAUUUCGACGAAAUCAUAGGAGAUCUACUCAAAAGUAUGAUGGCGGGUCGAGAAUGGCGAGUGCGACAGGCGAGCUGUGCUGCUAUAGCGGACCUGCUUCAGGGGCGACGACCGGAUAGCUACGCCAGGUACACGGACGAGAUCUUCAGCAAGGCCUUUAAACUUGUAGACGACAUCAAAGAGUCUGUUCGAGCGGCCGCUCUGAAGCUCUGCCAAACAAUCACGAACGCGGUCCUCCGUACACUGGAAACAAGCGACUCGAACGUCAAAAGGUCGAGCAGCAUGCUGGAAACCGUGAUUCCCUUUUUGUUGAGCGAUAAGGGCAUGGAAUCUGGCGUCCAGGAGGUCCAAGGAUUUGCCAUUGGGGCCUUGGUCCAAAUGAUAAAGAAAAGCCCCGGCGGGCCAUUGCGUCCAUUUGUGCCCCAAAUCAUGGAACAGUUUUUGAACUCUCUGAGCUCGCUGGAGCCGCAGGCAGUCAAUUACGUCCAUCUCAACGCCGAAAAAUACGGAUUGAGUGGUCAGGACAUCGACAAAAUGAGGCUCUCCAGCAUUCGCACUUCUCCGAUGAUGGAGGUGAUUGAACGAUACCUCAUAGAUACGUUGGACGAAGUCAGUAUGAAAGAGUUUGCAGCAAAACUCGAAGGUGUGCUUCGAUCGGCCGUUGGUCUUCCCUCCAAGGUGGGCUGUAGCCGUGUUUUGGUUCUGCUCAGCAUGAAGCCGGCUGUCUGCCGGCCCUAUGCGGAUCGCUUUAUACAGCUUCUUGGGAAAUACGUCGUCGACCGCAACGACACCGUCAGUGCGUCCUACUGUACGUCCAUCGGCUACCUUCUACGACUGGCCUCCGAUGAUCGAAUUCUAAAGACGAUGGAGCAUGCCAAGCGCCUGUAUCUGAGUGCGGAAGACGCCAACCCGCGCGUCAUUUCGGCGGAAAUUCUGCACUCGGCGUCCAAGUUGUCCAACGAUAAAUUCAUGGCUUUUGCUGCCACCGCGUUGCCUUUCAUAUUUGUCGCAAAGCAUGAUAGCGACGCUCAUGUCAGAGAGGUCUUCGAGAAGACAUGGCAAGACAACGUGGGUGGGAAUCGCGCCGUAUCGCUGUAUCUCAAAGAAAUCACCACUCUAGUUUUGGAAAACCUGGACUCGCCUCGCUGGGCUAUCAAGCAUACGGCAGCCCUGGGAUUUGCAAAUGCUAUCAUGGCACUAGACCCGGAGAUUGACAUCGCCACGGGCAAACAUCUGUGGCCUGUCUUGGAGAAAGCAAUGGCAGGGAAGACGUGGGAAGGGAAAGAAACCGUGUUAAAGGCAUUUGUGAAGUUUUCGAGCCAGGCAGCGAAGCUCUGGUGCGAGGAUCCUCAGCUGGGUGACACAAUGAAGGCCAUCGCAGUUCGAGAGGCGAAGCGCAAGAACCCCACCUAUCGUCCGUACGCCCUUGUCGCCUUGGGCGGAGUCUCUCAGGCACGUCAAGAUAUCAACAUGAUGCCGGAUGCCAUGGGAAUAACCACCCAAGUGGUAGAGGAACUAGAGGACGGGGAGGACUCGAUGGACAUUGAUUCGGGGAGCGGACAAAAACCUAGACAAAACAUCGAGGAUACGCUGGCGGCCUGUGUGAAAUGUCUUCUACAAUGCUUCAACCCAGAAUCCCGCGGGUCUGUGGAAGGCACCAUCGAGCACCUGCUACAAGUCAAAGCGCUGCUUCACAGAGUGGUUCGCGGUGGCGGUAGAACCGUGCAGGUCACAUUGUAUGAGCAGCUGCGUACGCUGUUCGCUCGGUUAGAAGCGAGGGCUUCAGCAAGUCCAGGAGAGCCAUUGCAUCUGCGCGAAUUACGAGAACCGCUGGCGGUACUGGCCGGGGAGAUGCUGUCCUGCGAGAUAGACGUAUCGGCCGAAGCCAUCCGCAUGGGGCGGGCGCAAGCCGCUGCCUCGUAUGUUAGCUUCAGUCAGAAGACCGGACUUGAGGUCAAUACAGCCCUUCCGGAACUGAUCCGGGGCUGGAGGGGGGCGGAAAGAUCUGGGCCGGUGCAGCAGAUAUUAGAUCAGACAUUGCGGGAACUCGUGUCCCCAUGAGAUCUAAGCGGGACUAUCUGCGUUGCGGGGGGGGGAGAGAGGGAGAGGGAGAGGGAGAGGGAGAGGG